CCACCACAACUCCAGAGAGAGAGAGAGAGAGAAGGAGAGAAAGAGAGAGAGAAGGGGGAAGGAGAGAUUGCUUACAUGUGUGCAUGGGAGAGGGACAGAUUCCUAAACCUUUGCAAAGCCCGUUGCGCUGGAGCUGGACUGCCACUGCGCGCUUUUACGCACCGACGCACUCCUCUCAGACGGGAGCUCGCAGCGCAAAAACACAGCGGGAUUUAGUUUCAUCGCGAUUAAGGGGAAUAAACAGAAGUUUCCGUCAACGGCUUGAUCUCGAGAGGGAAGCAGGGCGAGCUGCCAUCCAUCCGCACAGGAAUGGUGGAUCACCUGCCGCUUGGUGAGGAGACCUUCCUGUACUACGCCGGCUCCCCGGGGUCCGACUACAGCUGCGCCCGUCGCCAGGCCGACGGCGGCGGCGUCUCGCCAGGCGUCAUGGUAACCGAUGCGUGCACCUACCAGCACCACCCGUACCAGGGGGUGACGUUGGCCUCGCCGCCGUGCCUCUCCGAGGACGACCUCAGCGACUCCUCCAGCGCUCGCUCCUCCCUCUGCUCCAGCCCCGAGUCGUCGUCCGCGGCGCCGUGGAUCUCGUCCACCUACGAAAGCCGGAGCGGCAGGAGCAGCGAGUGCUUCAGCACGUCGUCGGGCGAGAGCCAGGAGAGCCUGUUGGACCUCUUGUUCUCGCACGCAUCCCUCACCAACUCGUCGAGCUCCCAUGGAGCCAGCGGGGCCAUCUCGUUCCCUCCGUCGUCCUCGGUUUGCUCCUCCUCCCCGGGCUCCUCCACCUCCUCGUCUCCCACUGCCCCCUUCUUGCCGAUGGGCCUAGGGUGGGAAUCCAGGAGGGAGCAGCGGCCGAACCCCCAACCGCAACAAGCCAAGGAGGACGGUUUUGAGUUUCCGGUUUUCCUGGACGAGCUGCAGGACCCCGAGGCGCUCCUCUUCCAGCCCACCCUGGAGGAGAUUGAGGAGUUCUUGGAGGAGAACAUGGUCGUGGCGAUGGAGAGGGAGGAAGACGGGAGCGAUGAGGCGAUGUCGCCCGAGGCGUCGAUGUGCGACGAUGCCGAUGCGGAGGGUUCAAGGACAUUGCUUGAAACGGCAUCGCAGAACUCGGAUCAGACUGUGCCUGUGGCUCGUUCUCCGCUUUCCUCCUUUCUAGAGACCAAACGUUCGAUGCCGAAUGCAUCAGACAUACCUGUGGAUGCUGGUUCCACUGCUUCCUCCAGCAGUUGUGUUGAUGGGAUCAAAAAGGAGGACUGUGGAUCGUCCACAGAGUCGUCGGACGAUGCCGCGUCCACGGCGCCUGUUAUCCUACAAAUCCAGCCUUUACACAUCAAACAAGAGCCGAACCCCAACGCCAUAUCCGAUGUGGCCACCAGUCAACCCCCGAAAGCCCAUUCCCAGGCGACCCAAAGCCCAUCCGACAUCAAAAUCGCCCAGCUCCUGGUCACCAUCCAAGGCCAGACCUUCGCUUUGGUGCCUCAGCUGCUUUCCCCGGCAGCUGGCAACUCAGGCAAAGGCGGAACCAUCUCUCCAUCCAAGUUCGUCCGGAUCGCUCCGGUUCCCAUCGCGGCUAAGCCCACCGGGCUCGGGGACGGGGCUCUGGGUGGAGGCUCGGCUGCAGGCGUCCUGGCCGGGGGCCAGCGGUACCAGAAAAGCGCGGUAGCAGACCUCAUCAAGAUGCACAAGUGUUCCUUUCCCGGCUGCAAUAAGAUGUACACCAAGAGCAGCCACCUUAAAGCUCACCUGAGGAGGCACACGGGGGAGAAGCCCUUCGCCUGCACGUGGCCCGGCUGUGGAUGGAGGUUCUCCCGAUCCGACGAGCUGUCCCGGCACCGGCGCUCCCACUCCGGAGUGAAGCCAUACCAGUGCAUCGUCUGCGAAAAGAAGUUCGCCCGCAGCGAUCACCUGUCGAAACACCUCAAAGUCCACCGCUUUCCACGAAGCAGCAGGACAGGACGCUCUGCAAACGGACCCCUCUGACCCCGCUCGGCCAGGGAGAGGGGGAGGGGUGUGUGUGUGUGUGUGUGUGUGUGAGAGAGAGAGAGAGAGAGAGACGAAAACGAGAGGUGGGGGGGGGUUGGGGUGAUAAGUGUCCAAACACCCUUAAAAGGAAACUGUGCAGGGCUCUUUUUGCUUGUGUGUGUGUUUAUGUCCAGGUAUGUCCGCGUGACAUGCGCAUGUAAGGUACUGUGAUAAUUUAUUGGGUGACGAGGAAAAAAAGCAAACAAACAAACUGUAAACUAAAAACAGGAAACUGUUACUUGACACAGCAAUCUCACGGGUGGAAUAAGCUUCUUGUACAUUACGACUUUAUUCUCAAAUCUUGUAAAUGUAAAUGAUCUAUUUUGAAGAAAAGAUCUUGCUCUUCCGAGUAUUUUUACACUUUGAUGUGCGGUUUUUCUGCAACUGGAGCUUUAUAUCAAACUCUUUUAUAUCACCGGGGAGGGUCUGCUACUCUUUUUAACCCUUCCCCCUUUUCUUUUUUCUUUUUUUUUACUUUUCUGGAGCCAAAUGUUUUAAAAAGGGAUGCAAGUAAAGAUGUUUAGCGGCCGUUGGGAAGCAGCGGGGACUGUUGGGUUCUUGGUCCGAGUCGUUCUGGAGACACAGCGGAGUGAUGAAUACACCAACAUUCCUUUGGACUUUGAAAAAGUCAUUUUGUCGCCUUUUGAGUCUCAUUAGUGGAAAAAAUAAUAUCCUGCAGACACGAGUGUUGAUUCACUGCCCCCCCUGUGUAAUUUGCACUGGCACACAUGAAAUAUCUGGUAUUUUAUGUCGUUGCACUGUGGUCUUACUCAUUAUUUGACUCACCUAAGGAAGAGAAACUUUCUUUUUUUAGAUAAAAUACCUUAUUUAUUGGCUAUUUUGGCUGCAGCCAAUCACGAUCCAGGAAACAAGCUGAGGUUGAAAAC